UCCUCCGCAGAAAUAAGAAAGCAGUUUACUCUCCAGCCAGGCUUUGCGCAGUUCUGUCAACGAAGCUUAAGUACCCCUGGCUUUUCUACUCUUCAUCUGCCUUCAUUUUAUGAUGCAGUCGACCCAGUAGAUUUUGAAGGCUUCCUAAUGACGCGGCUAAACAACUUGGACUCAGAACUAGCACAAGAACUUGGUGAUUUUCCUGAAGAUGACUUGGACAUUGUCUUUACACCCAAAGAAUGCAGGACUUUGCAACCCUCUAUGCCAGAAGAUGGGGUUGAACUGGAUUCACAUGUCAGAGACUGUGUUCAGACGUAUAUCCGGGAGUGGCUGAUUGUGAAUCGAAAAAACCAAGGGAAUUCAGAUACUUGUAGCCUGAAAAACAAGGGAUCCCGAAAAGAUUUUCACAAGACACUUCAGAAGCAAACGUUUGAAUCGGAAACUUUGGACUGCAGCGAUGCAAACUUUCAGGCGGGUCCCCGACAUGUCCACACGCUCCCUGAGGAGGCCUCGAGGACGACCCUCGCCUCCUCCGACUUCGACCUGCGCAGCCUGCAGCCGGACCCGCAGCUGGAAAACCUGCUGCGGCACGUCAGCGCCGAGGAGUUCGAGCGGCAGAACGAGGAGGCUCGGCGCACCAACAGGCACGCAGAGCUCCUCGCCCUCUACCCCUCCGUCGACGAGGAGGAUGCAGUGGAGAUACGGCCAGUGCCGGAUCGCCCAAAGGAACAUCUGGGCAACAGGAUUUUGGUGAAGCUGCAGACUCUGAAGUUUGAUAUAGAGAUUGAACCGUUGUUUGCAUGCAUAGCUCUCUAUGAUAUAAAAGAAAGAAAAAAGAUCUCAGAAAAUUUUCAUUGUGACCUCAACCCUGAUUCAUUAAGAGGGUUCUUGCGUUCUCAUACACCCUCCGUUGACUUGUCUACUCAGGCAAGAUCAGCAGUAUUUUCUGUCACUUACCCCUCAUCGGAUAUAUACCUAGUUAUAAAGAUAGAAAAAGUGCUUCAGCAAGGAGAAAUCGGAGACUGUGCAGAACCCUACAUGAUUCUUAAAGAAAGUGAGGCUGGCAAGACAAAAGAAAAGAUUGAAAAACUGAAAGCCCAAGCUGAAUCCUUUUGUCAGCGGUUGGGGAAAUACAGAAUGCCAUUUGCCUGGAUUCCCAUAAGCCUAACUAAUUUCUUCAACCUUUCAACACUUGAACGAGAAAUACCUGAGGCCGAAGGUUUAAACGGAAAAGGAUCCACUAGUGACAAGAGGGCAACACUGCUACAGGCGAGAAGACUUUCUGAGAGAAGUCUCAGCUCGGAAGACAGCUAUCCAGUAUCAAACUUCAAAACUACCUCUCUGACCCUCAGCACCUUCUUUAAACAGGAAGGAGACAGGCUUAGUGAUGAAGAUCUAUUCAAAUUUUUAGCUGAUUUCAAAAGAUCGUCUUCCUUGCAGAGAAGAAUUAAGACUUUACCAGGAACACUUAAACUGGAGAUUUCCCCAGCUCCAGAAAACCUUGGUUAUUGUCUGACACCAGAAUUACUACCAGUGAAGCCAUUUCCAGAAAACCGUAAUCGUCCUCACAAAGAGAUUUUGGAAUUCCCAAUUAGAGAAGUGUAUGUUCCCCAUACCAUUUAUAGAAAUCUCCUCUAUGUUUACCCUCAAAGGCUGAAUUUUGCUAACCGACCAGCUUCUGCAAGAAACAUUACAAUCAAGAUCCAGUUUAUGUGUGGUGAAGACCCGUCCUGUGCAAUGCCGGUAAUUUUUGGGAAAUCUUCAGGUCCAGAAUUUGUGCAAGAAAUACACACAGCUGUCACAUAUCAUAAUAAGUCCCCUGACUUUUAUGAAGAAGUGAAAAUUAAGCUGCCAGCAAAACUCACAGAGAAACACCAUCUAUUGUUCACGUUCUAUCACAUCAGCUGCCAGCCAAAGCAAGGAGCAUCUGUGGAAACCCUCCUCGGAUAUUCGUGGCUGCCAAUUCUAUUAAAUGAUCGUCUUCAAACCGGACAUUAUUGUCUUCCUGUUGCAUUGGAUAAGCUGCCUUUCCACUACUCAAUUCACUCUCCUGAGAAAGUUCCACCUCAGACACCACCGGUUAAGUGGGUUGAAGGACACAAGGGUGUUUUCAAUGUUGAAGUGCAAGCCGUUUCAUCUGUUCACACACAGGACAAUCACCUGGAGAAGUUCUUCACUCUGUGCCAUUCUCUGGAAAGUCAAGUGACAUUCCCCAUUCGACUGAUGGACCAGAAGAUUACAGAGGCUACACUGGAACAUGAAUUGAAACUCAGCAUUAUCUGUUUGAAUUCUUCACGCCUUGAACCUCUUGUCUUGUUUUUACAUUUAGUGCUAGAUAAACUUUUCCAGCUGGCCGUACAGCCCAUGGUCAUAGCUGGCCAGACAGCCAACUUCUCACAGUUUGCCUUUGAAUCCGUGGUUGCAAUAGUGAACAGUCUCCACAACAGCAAAGACCUGAGCAAAGACCAGCAUGGGAGGAACUGCCUCCUGGCAUCUUACGUCUACUACGUAUUUCGUCUGCCAGACCCGCAAAGAGAAGUAGUCAAGCCAGGUGCAGGCAGCAGUGCCAUUUUGACCGAGUCUCGUUAUUACACAUUUGGACGCACUUCCGCCGUGUCUGUUGGGAGUAAACUCCUGCAGAGCCGGGUGAUAAGCUGCAGCAAUCCUGACAUCACUGUCUCACAAACUGCUACUGAUGAGGAGGUCAAAAACAUCAUGUCAUCCAAGCCCACGGAUCACAGCUGCAGUCGGAUGUCUUUCUGUGUUGAAGGAACAAAUGACAUGCCAAGCGUUUGUGCAAGCCCGAGACCAUCCAAUAAAAAGCAUUUCCAUGAGGAGCUGGCACUGCAGAUGGUGGUCAGCACGGGUAUGGUGAGAGAAUCUGUCUUCAAGUAUGCCUGGUUCUUCUUUGAGCUCCUGAUAAAGAGUAUGGCUCAGUAUGUUCACAACAUAGAGAAGCAAGACAACCCAAGAAGAAGCCGCUUCUCUGAUCGCUUCAAAGAUGAUAUUACCACUAUAGUUAGUGUGGUUACUUCAGAGAUCGCUGCACUUUUAGUGAAACCGCAACCACAGAAGGAAAGUGAGCAAGCAGAAAAAAUUAAUAUCAGUCUGGCGUUUUUCCUGUAUGAUCUUCUUUCUUUAAUGGACCGAGGAUUUGUGUUUAAUCUCAUCAAACAUUACUGUAAUCAGCUCUCAAACAAGCUGAAUUCACUCUCCACCCUGAUUUCCAUGAGACUGGAGUUCCUCAGAAUACUCUGCAGCCAUGAGCAUUACCUCAGUCUGAACCUCUUCUUCCUGACCUCUGCGUCUGCUCCAGCAUCCCCCUCCCCCUCCCUGUCCUCUCAGAACUCUAGCUCCUGCUCUAGUUUCCAGGACCAGAAAAUCGCUGGUAUGUUUGACCUCUCAGCCGAAUACCGUCAGCAGCACUUUCUGACCGGCUUACUUUUCACUGAAUUAGCAGCGGCGCUGGAUGCAGACAGUGAAGGGAUUAGCAAGGUGCAAAGAAAAGCUGUCAGUGCUAUCCUUAGCCUGUUGAGUUCCCAUGACUUAGAUCCACGUUGCUCAAAAAAAGAGGUGAAGAUUAAAAUUGCAGCUCUCUACCUCCCUUUGGUUGGUAUCAUUUUGGAUUCACUGCCGCAACUCCAUGAUUUUACAAUUUCAGAUGCCCGCAGCGGAAAGGGACGCACAGGAAGCCCAGAAGAAGAGCAAGAGUCUGCAAGUGCUAUCAAUCAAAAUGUGGCCCUUGCCAUUGCAGGGAAUCAGUUCAACCUCAGGAGCUCUGGAGUAUCUCUGGUGUCCCUGCCCUACAGACAGAGUGCCACAUUAGGUCCUGAUACUACUCGCAACCUUUUGAUCUGUUUUCUCUGGAUCAUGAAAAAUGCUGAUCAGAAUCUAAUACAGAAAUGGAUUGCAGACCUUCCAUCUAUGCAGUUGAACAGGAUUUUAGACCUCCUCUUCAUUUGUGUCUCAUGCUUUGAGUACAAGGGCAAACAGAGCUCAGAUAAAGUUAGCACCCAAGCACUCCAGAAGUCACGAGACGUUAAGGCCCGAUUAGAGGAGGCUUUACUGAGAGGUGAAGGAGCCAGAGGAGAAAUGAUGAAGCGCUGCAGAAUGCCAGCUGGGAAUGACAGAUCAGUGGGCCUAAAUGAAAACCUGCGCUGGAGAAAGGAGCAGACUCACUGGCGGCAGGCAAAUGAGAGACAAGAUAAGACAAAAGCUGAGCUAGAUCAAGAAGCUCUCAUCAGUGGAAACCUGGCUACUGAAGCUAACCUGAUUAUUCUUGAUAUGCAAGAGAACAUCAUCCAGGCAAGCUUUGCGGCGGAGUGCAGAGACAAUCUUUUGGGAGGAGUUUUGAAGGUCCUGGUAAAUUCUCUUGGCUGUGAUCAGAGCACCACUUACCUAACUCAUUGCUUUGCUACACUCAGAGCACUCAUUGCUAAGUUUGGAGAUUUCCUGUUUGAAGAGGAGGUUGAACAGUGUGCUGACCUGUGUCAAAGAGUUCUCCAUCACUGCAGCAGCAGCAUAGAUAUCACACGUACUCAAGCCUGUGCCACUCUUUAUCUCCUCAUGAGAUACAGCUUCAGCUCUACCAGUAAUUUUGCAAGAGUGAAGAUGCAGGUGACUAUGUCACUAGCCUCUCUGGUUGGAAAAUCACCUGAGUUUAAUGAGGAAUUCCUUCGACGAUCCUUACGAACCAUCCUAGCCUAUGCAGAGGAAGACGCGGAUAUGCAGGCAACUCCAUUUCCCGUGCAGGUGGAGGAGCUGCUGUGUAAUCUGAACAGCAUCCUGUCUGAUACGGUGAAAAUGAGGGAAUUUCAGGAAGAUCCAGAGAUGCUCAUGGAUCUCAUGUACAGAAUUGCCAAAGGAUACCAGACAUCGCCUGACUUGAGGCUGACUUGGCUGCAGAACAUGGCAGAGAAGCACACCAAGAGGAAGUGCUACACAGAAGCAGCCAUGUGUCUGGUCCAUGCUGCAGCACUGGUGGCAGAGUACCUCAGCAUGCUUGAAGAUCGAAACUAUCUCCCAGUGGGAAGUGUCACCUUUCAGAACAUUUCGUCCAAUGUGCUGGAGGAAUCUGCUGUUUCAGAUGAUGUUUUGUCUCCAGAUGAAGAUGGUAUAUGCUCUGGGAGGUAUUUCUCAGAAAGUGGCCUGGUAGGGCUCCUGGAACAAGCAGCAGAGCUCUUCAGCACGGGUGGAUUGUAUGAAACUGUGAACGAGGUGUAUAAAAUUGUCAUCCCCAUACUGGAAGCACAUCGAGACUUCAGGAAGCUUACGUUAACACACAGCAAGCUACAGAAGGCCUUUGACAGCAUUAUUAAUAAGGGUCAAAAGCGAAUGUUUGGAACUUACUUCCGUGUUGGUUUCUAUGGGUCCAAAUUUGGGGACUUGGAUGAACAGGAAUUUGUUUAUAAGGAGCCUGCAAUUACCAAACUUCCUGAGAUUUCUCACAGAUUAGAGGGAUUUUAUGGCCAGUGUUUUGGGGAGGAUGCUGUGGAAUACUGUAAUGGUUCUUCCCUCUUUUCUCAGGCAUACAUACAAAUUACUUUUGUGGAGCCAUAUUUUGAUGAGUAUGAGAUGAAAGACAGGGUAACCUAUUUUGAGAAGAACUUCAACCUCUGUCGGUUCAUGUACACUACGCCUUUUACCAUGGAUGGACGACCCAGAGGAGAGCUUAGUGAGCAAUACAAGAGGAACACCAUCCUAACCACAAUGCAUGCUUUCCCCUACAUCAAAACUAGAAUCAAUGUCAUCCAAAAAGAAGAGUUUAUUCUAACCCCAAUUGAAGUUGCUAUUGAAGAUAUGCGGAAAAAAACCCAGGAACUAACUGCAGCCACCAACCAAGAGCCACCAGAUGCCAAAAUGCUCCAAAUGGUUUUGCAGGGCUCAGUUGGUGCCACUGUAAAUCAGGGACCGCUAGAGGUAGCGCAAGUGUUCCUGGCUGAAAUUCCUGCGGACCCCAAACUUUAUCGACAUCACAACAAGCUGAGGCUGUGCUUCAAAGAGUUUAUAAUGAGGUGUGGUGAAGCAGUGGAGAAAAACAAGCGCCUUAUUACUGCUGACCAGCGAGAAUAUCAGCAAGAGCUCAGAAAGAACUACGGGAAGCUGAAGGAGAACCUUAGGCCUAUGAUUGAGAGGAAGAUCCCAGAGCUGUACAAACCUGUAGUGAAAGUCCAUAGCACAAGGGAAUCUUUUCAUAAUCAUAGUUUUAGGAAAUAUGAUGCCCAGACUUCUUCACAAAGCACCUAA